AUGUCUUCAAUUGAAGACGACGAGUCUUGCCGCUCUUUUCGCUUUCUUCUUCCUAAUGUCGGCGAGACAGAAGAGGUAGAGCGGUAUGAACAAGGGGGGUUUCACCCUGUCCACCUCGGCGACUUGUUUGACGAGGGUCGGUAUCGGAUUGUUCACAAACUUGGUGCUGGAGGCUUCGCAACGAUAUGGCUGGCCCGUGACCUUCUCGACACGUGCUGGAUGGCCCUCAAGAUAGUCCUUGCGGAAGAGUCGCAGGCUGUUGAAUCCAGCGUAACUCUCGCCCACGGCAUCGUGUCGGAAUCGUUUGAUGACCCUAGAUUUGUCACCUACGAGCGGUACUUUUACGUAGAUGGCCCAAACGGCCGUCAUUUGUGUCUGGUACUUCCUGUGCUGGGCUCUUCUGGCUAUAGGGUUUCCCACUAUCUUGAGAGCAGAACCCAGCCGUGUCUAGCGCGUAGUGUAGCUCUCCAGGUCAAGGAUUUGGAUCAGACCCCUGAGGAUGAAAUCUACGACCUGCUUGGCCGGUCCGAGACUGGGUCUUUGGAGACUGAGUCUGGAGAAGCCGCGGGCCCAGAAGCGCCCAAGUACAUUGUCAAAACUCUUGAUUUCCUCUUGGCGAGGCGACUCAUCAUCAGUGAAGACAUUUGCCUCAUAGAUUUCGACAAUACGUUCCUCGCCUCUUCACCCCCAGAAAAGCUGCUCCCCACACCAGUCGAGUAUCUCGCCCCAGAAGUCGCUGUCGGUUUAUCUGGAGGCACAGCAAGCGAUGUCUGGGCGCUUGGAUGCUCCAUAUUACGACUGAGGUCAGGGGAGGGUUUGUUCUCCGCCUAUGAUAUUGGCUCUCCAAUCGACCUCCUGGUCGCCAUCCGCCGAGUCCUGCGGAAUAUGCCGACAGCUUGGGGAGAUCCAGUCUUUGGCUCUGAAGGACGACCGAGAAAGAAUUUGCUUAAAGGAGUUCGGCUUUCAGGGCUCACAGGUGAAGUCACAGAACGGCAGUCGAUUGAAGAAUGGAUCAGGAAGAUCUUUGAUCAGCCGAGUACUGGGCCGUAUCGACCGAAAGAUCAAGUCUCCAACAUGGAAGAGAAUCCAUAUUACAAUCCACAUGAAGUCUCUCACGCUCCCUUUUACGCGUGGAAGUUCUGGGAGCCUUCCGCCAUCAACUUCAGAGGCAAGUAUUUUCGGGGCUACAACAAUGAAUGGCACGCACUGGUGGAAGAGUUACCCAAAAUUCCACACGAAGAAGCAGUGUUGCUGUUUGACUUAAUAUCCAAGAUCCUGGUUUACGAGCCUACCGAGAGGUUAAGCAUAAAAGAGAUUCUGAGUCACCCUUGGUUUUGUAUGGACGACAGAAGUUAA